UCCAUAUAUGGAUAUAUAUUGCACAAUCCAUAAGAGCAAAUACACGACGCUAAAGCGCAAAUACAUGACGAUAAAGAGCAAAUACACGACGUUAGCAACAACAAAAAGUCAAAAUGGCUGCUCGAAGGAGUCAUUCGAUUUCUGAGCGACAUCCAUCUGUGUACUGUGAUAAUGAAACUUGUAGUCCUCUUAUUGUACGUUGUGGUCGAAAUGACUGUGGCGCUGAAAAAUGCAGUGGAGAGAAGUAUCAUUGUCCUUUGUGUCCUCCUGAAAAAUUUUCAAAAGAAAUUCCAUCAAGAGUAAAAGAACACUUUAAAAGCGUCCACUGGGAAAACAGGAUUCAUGAAUUUGAAGGUUUUGACAUUCUGAGGUGUAAGCUGUCAUGUACUUUUGCAUCCAAACGACAUGGCUCAGAUGUCAAGCAUUUCAAAGAUGUUUCAGCACUAUCACUGUUUUGGAUGUAAUUCUGGAUUCAAGCGUCGCAAUGAAGCAAUUCGACAUAUAAGAAGUGCACAUGAUUUACAGCUUUCUGUUGUAGAGUUUGGUUCGGGGAAACAACAACAAUGUUCUCAAAGUCAACUUUCUCCACAUAAAGUAGCCCAACAGCAAGUACCUCAAAACCUACCAUUUGAGCAGCAAAUGCAUCAAACUC